AUGACCAACAUAAGCAAGUCACUCUUCAUAGACGAGAUCGAGAAGGCAGAGCCUCUACGGAAGUUCAGCAUGCCGCAUUUCAUAUCCUUUAAAGGAGAUGGAGACCCAGAGAGGCACCUAAAGUACUACCGCAACGUGAUGAUCCUUUAUUGGAACAACAAUGCCCACAUGUGCAAGAUAUUCACCACAACUUUACAAGACGAGGUGAAGAAGUUCGAUCACUUAUUCAACAUUAAGAAUAACCCAAAGGAGUCGCUCCGUGACUAUGUGAAGAGGUUCAAAGCAGAAAAAGUGAAGAUAGUCGAAUGCAACGACUCAAUAGCUAGUGCAGCCUUCCAAAAAGGACUCUUAGUAGACCACCUGCAAUUCGAAGAAUUGAUCAUGAAAGAAGAUCUAAUUCUAGCAGAUUCAUUUUCUCUGGUAGAGAAGCAUGCACUUUGGGAUGAGGCUCAGCGAGCAGACAAGGCACUCGAAUAA